UGCGCGCUGCAGCCUCGCGCAGGCGCUAGGAUGCGCAGCGCCCUCGGGAAAGCACAGUCUGCUUAGCUCUCCGAGGAGGGGGACCGCUCGCCGCAUACCCGGGCCAUGUCGUCCUACACCCAUGUGGCGCUGGUCACCGGGGCCAGUAAGGGCAUCGGCUUCGCCAUCGUGCGUGACCUGUGCCGGCAGUUCAAGGGGGACGUGGUGCUCACGGCGCGGGACACAGCGCGGGGCCAGGCGGCCGUGCAGCAGCUGCAGGCAGAGGGCCUGAGCCCCCGCUUCCACCAGCUGGACAUCGACGACCUGCAGAGCAUCCGCAAACUGCGCGACUUCCUGCUCAAGGUGUACGGGGGCCUCGAUGUGCUGGUCAACAACGCGGGCAUCGCCUUCAAGACUGUGGAUACCACACCGUUUCAUAUUCAAGCAGAAGUGACUUUGAAAACAAACUUCUUUGGUACCCGAGAUGUGUGCACGGAGCUCCUGCCUCUAAUUAAACCCCAAGGCAGAGUGGUGAAUGUGUCUAGCGUUGUGAGUGUCAGUUCCCUUAAAGCAUGCAGCCCUGAACUGCAGCAGAAGUUCCGAAAUGAGACCAUCACGGAGGAGGAGCUGGUGGGGCUCAUGAACAAGUUUGUGGAAGACACAAAGAAUGGGGUGCACAAGAAGGAGGGCUGGCCUGACACCGCAUAUGGGGUCUCGAAAAUUGGCGUCACGGUCCUGUCCAGAAUCCAAGCCAGGAAACUGAGUGAGCAGAGAAGAGGGGACAAGAUCCUCCUGAAUGCCUGCUGUCCAGGGUGGGUGAGAACUGACAUGGCGGGACCCAGAGCCACCAAAAGCCCGGAAGAAGGAGCCGAGACCCCCGUGUACUUGGCCCUUCUGCCCUCGGAUGCUGAGGGGCCUCAUGGAAAGUUUGUUUCUGAGAAAAAAGUUGUACAAUGGUGAGCUCACUCACAGCUCCACCCAAUGGCCUGAUUAUGUACCUCACCCAGUUUCACCAAAAAGACCCUUACAGUGUGAAAAAUAGGCCUAUGCAAAAAAAAAAAGAAAGAAAAAAAAUCAAAAUAUUCCUAUCAAGUCCUCAGUGGGAGAUGGCUGCUAAUUCGGUGGUGCCUUUUGUAAUAUCUUCUGUGAUCCGGGGUGGGGGGGGGAUGUGGGAUGGAUGAUAAAUAAUGAAUGAAAAUCAAUCGAUGAAUAAAUAAU